ACAUUUUACCAUUCUUGUCACGGGAACAAGUGGUGUGGGAAAGUCAAGUCUUAUCAAUGCUUUAGUAGGCAAACUAGUGGCAAAAGAAGGUCGAGGCAUGACUGUUUGCACCACUGAGACUACGAAAUAUUCUUGUGAAGUCAUCGAGGGCAUUGAGCUUCGUGCUUGGGAUACUCCAGGAUUUGAAAAUGACGACUCAAAAGACAAAUCAUGCCUGCAAGACAUGAUAACGAAACUGAAAGAUGAUGUAGAUCUUGUUGUCUUUUGUUUAAGGACGGACGAUUCACGAUUCUGCAGAGGCGACAAAGAGGCCAUGAAAAAGCUAACGGAAGCUUUCGGAGAUGAACUGUGGGAGCACACUGUCAUAGCUCUCACCUUCGCUAAUAAAGUCCAUCAUCCACAUGAGGGAGACGAAAACGCUUAUUUCAUGGAAGAACUUAAAUUUUGGCGAGAAGCAAUCCAUUCAUUUCUCAAAGACGAGCUGAAGUUUGGCCCCGAAAUCCUCCAAUCCCUGCGUAUACUGCCCACUGGAUAUUGCGCCAGCAAGGAUCGUAAACUUUCCAACUGUGUAGACUGGCUAACUAAUUUCUGGAUGGCCUGUUACACCGCUCCAAAAAGCAAAGGGGCCAUCAACUUGUUGAAGAUGAACAAUUCCCGAUUAGAAGACGGAAAUCAGACUUCCUUUAGUGAACACGGCUCAGCUUCCUUCGGGGCUAAAGUGAUGCGGUGUUUGCUUGGAUGAUAAGAAUAAACUUAUAUGAAUUACGGUCUUUUUAGUCCAAAAGUCUUUUCGUCCAGAAGUAUUUUCACCUUAGUCUGUUUGUUUACUUGUUAAGUCUUUUCUCGAAGCAAAUAAAUAACUUUUAGAAGGCUAGAUAAGGCUAUAUAAAGAACUUGUUGCGAGCGGCCGCCAUUUUGGUUCUGAGAGCUUUAGUCACGUCGGACACGUAGUGAUGAUACACUUCAUUGCCUUUUACGCUCAAUAGAAGCUUAACAAGAGGCCUAAUAUUCCCAUUUCUUUCGAGUGAAAUAAUUAAACGGCUAGCAAGUCUUUAUUUUUGCCACUAUAUAAUAAAAUAUAUUGCGUUACAACUUCAUUCAUUCUCUUUGUAUUUAUCGUUAAAUUGAUGAAGUUGAAUUAAAUUCGUUAUUUAAUAGUUAUUUAUUUGUUUCGUGGAAAGACUUCACAAUUAGACGUACAGACUUAGAUGAGAAUACUUUUGGACGUAAAGACUUGGACGAAAAGACUUUCGCACGAAAAGACUCUUGGACGAACUCUUGGACGAAAAGACCGGACACCACUUAUAUCAUAACAGGAGUUAUUUGACAAUCGUCACCCACUCUUUCACAGUUGCAUAUGACUAUUCUAAGGGCUGCAAGUGAAGGGGAUUUCUUCUUAAAUAUGUUCUUAAUUUUUUAAAAAUUUUAAGUAGAAACACACUGGGCUAAUAAAUGUCAGUACUGCUAAAGGAAAACUAGGUCAGUCAGAUUAAAUAAAUUAAUAAUCAGUGUACAGAAUUUAGCAGUGAAGUAAGAGUGAUAUUGUGAAAGCAAUUGAUGGAGCAUCAUCGAACUGUCGGGUUAUAUAGGAUGAUGUUGUUACUCACUUUUAUUAAGAUUUUUUCUUCUUCAUCAUCUUCUGUGGAGGAUAAGGAAAAGAAAUGCAAAAUUCAGUAAUAAAAUUACAUUUUUUCGAUUUAAUAGGUGAGAACAGUGUAAAGUGUCAGAGCAUUGAUGGCAAAAUAAAGUACAAUUUAAACUUG